GCUGGCGGGCACACGGCACUCGCCCACACAACGUUAUAAUGGCAGUUUGGUCGAACAGAACUAAAUUAAUAAUCAAAAAUUGAAUGGGACGCUAUUAUUAAAAUGUUUCUGUGGUGAUGUUAAUCUUUUAGGUGUUAAUUAAAUUCAAAAAUGUCAAGAUAUCGGUGUGGUUUCUGUGCAUACAUACGGUCACGCAUAUAUUUGAUAACAUGGAUCUCAUUAGUUAUUUAUUUAUUUUACAAAUCGUUUACAUUUUAUUUGAACGGUCGACAAUUUUUUUAUUUAAGAGAAAUGCUGGGGCUGGGGCUGUGUGUAUCUCGUGGUACAGCGACGGUCCUAAAUCUGUGCUGUGCUCUUAUUUUGUUACCGCUGUGUAAAAAAAUCAAUCAUCUUUUGUAUAAAGUGAUGUCCAAACUGUGGCCUGGUCUGUUUUUCUUUUGGCUCGAGAACGCUAAGACCUGUCAUAUGACUGUAGCCAUUACAUUACUAUUAUUUGCUGUUGUACAUUCUAUAUCACAUUUCAUCAAUCUUUUUAAUUUUUCUCGCAAUUACGAUGAAAUGAGAAGCGAGAUCAACAUGGCGUCAUAUAAGAAUGAGAGCCCGUUUUAUCUCCUGAUGAGUGUCGCCGGCGUUACGGGACUAUCUAUGUUAUUUAUCAUUAUAAGCAUGGGUGCAACGUCCAGUAGGGUUGUCAGACGGAGGAUUUAUAACGCGUUCUGGUAUACACACCAACUGUACUUACCGUUCAUGGCUCUGCUGAUGAUACAUCCUUUAAGCGGAGUUUUAAAAGAAGAAGUUUUAACAAGCCCAAGUGACGUGAUUGCUAACAAUACUAUAAUACAAGACAGUGAAGUGCACAAGUUUGUCGCAAUCAAAUCUACGACGUGGCUGUGGAUGGCUUUUCCAUUGAUUUGUUUUUUUAUUGAUAUGCUCUGGAGGAUAUGCACAAGAAACUUAUCGAACGUGCAGAUAGUUAAUGUGAAUCACAUGGUGGGUCGUACUAUAAGUCUAACACUCUACCCGCAAGAAAAGUUGUUAUGUCAUAGCGGUCAGUACGUGCUCAUUCAAUGUCGUGAUAUUUCCCUUGUCGAAUGGCAUCCCUUUACUGUAGUGCAGAUUCCGACUCGAGAGAAUUCAGAGCUUGUUGUCUGGAUUAAAGUUAAGGGAGAUUGGACCGAGGCCUUGGAGAGAACUCUCAAGGAAAAAGGAGCACAUAAUUUAAACGUGCUGGUGGAUGGUCCAUUCUGCAGCCCUCUCCAGGCAGCGCGCUCUCCUGAGACGACGCUGUGCGUGGCGGCGGGAGUCGGCAUCACACCCUUCGUGGCGCUCCUUGAUGACAUGUGCCGAAACCCCAAAAGUUCAUUACCAGGAAGGAUCCAUCUGAUAUGGAUUGUCAGAACUGAGAAGGAGUUGAGUUGGAUCGCUGAACUAGCGAGCAACGUCAUAAGACGUCUCAGAAACGCUAACAAACCAGAUAGGCUUCACUUAGAGUUCUAUGUCACGAGGAAUAAUGAUGUACCAAAAGUAAACCACGUGGUGAUAAUGAACGAGACGGGGAAGGUGAUGAAUCUUUUGGACGAUGAGAGGACCACGCUUCUAACGCCGCAGUUGAAACGUAAUAAGGCGCUGGCUGCUGACGAUGAUGAUUUCGAUAUAGCGAAGAAGUAUCCGUUAGUGGGGUGCAGGGUACGACGCGGAAGACCGCACUGGGAUAAGGUUUUUGGAUACUGGGUGCAUUUAUAUCCCGGACAGCACUUAAACCUUUAUUGCUGUGGACCAAAGAAACUAGUUAAAUUAUUGAGAAGCAAAUGUAAAUAUAUGACAAGAAAUACGAAGACUAGUUUUGCUUUCAUCCACGAGGCUUUCUCCUAAUGUAUUCAGACUGAAAUAAAUACCGUAUAAAAAU